AUGGGGCCUCCACCCGAGGGAGGGAACCACUGGGAGCUAGAGCUGGCCUGGAGGCUGUGGUCUCUUUUGGCGGGGGCCCAGGCCCCCAAAGGCUGGUUUCACCGCCUUUGCACGACUUCCCACGCCAAGCGUUUCCAGCUCUGGAACCUGGGACUCUCCUGCAAUGAGCGCCACCUGGCCAGGCGCCUCAAGAGCAACAGCUUCUACCCGUUCACAGAGAAGCAGCCCAACAUCUUCGUGAUGGAGUACUACCUGGACACUCUGUGGAAGGGGACGCUGCUCUUUGUCGUCUGCCUCGUCCUCGUGGGCUUCGGCCUGGUGAGCAAGGUGCAGAAGCAGGAGACGUGGGUCUUCCCCGCGUAUGGCGUGGGCAUUGGCCUGUGGAUCAUGAUCUCGUCACUGCCGCUGCGCCGCCUGGUGCUGAACCACGAGCUCGGCAUGUACACCUUCUCCAUCCAGGGCCACACCGUGUUUCAGGGCCCCAUACACCUGGUCUACGUGCGCCUGGCGCUCAGCUCCGACGCUUACGGCAGGUGCUUCUUCCAACUGGUUCUGUGCGGCCACAAGCUGGAGCCGCUGGUGCUGGUGCAGGUGUCUGAGCGCUACGAGCAAAUGGAAUUCCUGGGCCGCCACAUCGCCCGGAAGCUCAACAUUAACUACUUCGACUGCCUGACGACGUCCUACCGGCACGUGGUCCACCACUGGCCGCUGGGGGCCGCCUUCAGCCCGGGUAUCGUGCAGCGCAAGACCAGAGCCUGCGACAAAAGCUGCCAGUCGGACAUGAACCUGGACGUGUGA